UACAAACCUGCAUUUUUUUAAAUAAUCUGUGCUAGAUAGAUCUUAAGAUGUAAGUAAUCAAAAUUUUGACUGAAGUAUAUUCUCAGUUUAUGGCCUUUGGACCAGACGAGUUCUAGUGUUUGAGACCAAGUGCUUCAGAUAACUGCUGGGGAUCUCCUAGAGAAAACAUCACAGGCAGGUUCGCAAGAACCCCUCCUAGUGCUUGUGAAAAGGAAUCAUCUGACUCGGUUUGGAUACAUCACUUGCCACAACAGCCUACCCGUGACAGUUUUACAGGGGACUUUGGAAGAUGUGGACAACAGUCUACCCGUGACAGUUUUACAGGGGACUUAUGAAGAUGGCCGCAGACGUGGACAACAGGCGAAGAGCUGGAUGGACAACAUAAAAGAGUUGACUCGAAUUGACAGCUCCAUCCUGAUUAGAGUGGAAGGAGACAGGUGCGGAUGAGGUUCCAUGACAUACAUAUCGUCAACCAUGUCUCCUCUACGACCAUUGGUCAGGGGAAUGUGAUGCGGUGAUGGUAAAUCUGAUCGAUCUUGCUCUAUCCUACUUGUGCCGGGGUUGUUAGGUUCUCAGGCUUUGGGGACUAUACAUAAAAUUGGUUCUCGAGUUUCGUCAUUAAAUAUCUUACUGUGCAAAAAAAAAACAAACAAGGUUUUUCCUCCUCGUUUAGGGUACAUGUAAGAGACUGUACAUAUAUCACAAUGAAGUAAAACAUAACACUGCGUAAAAGGAAGUUGAACACCUUAACCAGACUACUGAAAUAAUUUGUACUCCUCUUACAACUUACUGUUUUUCACAAAAUUGACUGCAUUUCUGGUCCCAGUGUCAAUUAUAUAAUGUAGAGCUUCACAAGUAGUUCUGGUCUAUUCCACAUUUUACAAAAUGCCUUUAAUGUGAAAAUCACAAAAUCUGAUUUCUAUGAAUUACACACAGAAAUACGCUAUCGGAUUUUGUGAAGGAUGAAAUAUAGCGUUUCAAAAUAUAAUGUACAUAAAGGUUUUCAAAUACCCUUUGCCUCCUCGGUUACGGUAAGAAAUUGUACAGGCAUUACAAUCAAUUAACUAUGGCAUUGUCGUAAAAGGGAGUUGAACAUCUGAAAUUAACCAGACUAAUUAAAUUAAAUUCUAUCUAAUUACAAUAUGUUGUUAUUCACAAAAUUGACUGCAUCUCUGGUCACAAUGCCAAUUAUAAAAUGUAGAGCUUCAAAAGUAGUUCUGAUCUAAUCCACGUUUUACAAUAUGCCUUUGAUGAGACAGUUCUAAAAAUUGCACACAGAAAUAAACCAUCAGAUUCUGUAAGGGAUGAAAUAUAGCGUUUCAAAAUAUAACGCACAUAAAGUUGACAAUCAUUACUCAACUUUUUAUGUUAAACUUAACAUAAGUUAGAUGGUCCGAUCCACGUUUAUUCCAGCUACACGCAUAAUUCACUAAAAAGCUACAACUUACAAGUACUCGGAAAACAAUUCAGAUAAAAGCAAAAAUUGCUGUAGCUAUUAAUUUAGAAUACCCCCCCCCCCCCCCUUAUGUUUUGAUGAUUAGGCCUACGGUAGUCCACACCAGCAUAAAAUGCCGUUAUAUUUCUUUAACUUGUUUUCGUAUUAAGUCCUACUAGUAAACAACCACAUUCUGUAAUAGCGUAUCACUUGUUUAAACUUUUGACACGCUGGUUAUAUAACAAUGUUAGAAUAUGAAUGAAAAAAUAAUUUAUUUCGCACUGUGUUGGUUAAGUUGAUUUGGAACAUACAAUAACGAACGAGGACAAUGUGGGUGUUACGAAGUAAAUCAUAUAGCGCAUUCAGUGACAAUGUGAAAUCCAUACCUACAUUUGUCGAAAACUCUCCUCAAGUAAAAAAGUAUGUUCUAAUCAAACAAAUACAUCUUAUUAAUUACACCUAAUGUUUCCAACCUACUUAUUAUAGAAUGAAAAUGUAUGAGUUGUUGGUAGAUCGUGCUUCUAAGAAAUGCUCAAAAUGUCUACAUUCGACAGAAAUGGUCUGUUCAACAGCUUUAGAAAAUUGUUAUCCAAAUAAAUAUGAUUUCCAAAUUGUAGCUCUCAUGGCGAAAACUUUAAGAGAUUCUUUUUUUCCAGAGUGGACAAAGCAAUAUCUUGGAGAGUACAGCACAUGGAGAACACCUAUCUCAGAUCAGUUCUCCUCCCUGUCUGAUGAAGAGGUGUGCGUGUUAUUCUGUUUUCUGUGCUCUGACUCCGGUAUCCCCGACUUUACUGAUACAGACUGUCUGUACAUUCUUAAGAAGAUACGAGAGGUGAUAUAUGAUGAGAACAGUGUAACAAGUGAGGAGGCACAGCGGACUCUGGAUGGACUGAAGUCACGUGGAUUUCUUUGGAAUUGGGACGGAGUAGACAUCACUGAGGACGUCAAGGACGAGACCAUGUACCGUGUUAUAGAACGUGGUAUAGAACGUAUAGAACGUAUAGAACGUGUUAUAGUACGUGGUGUUACACUGUUCCCCGUGUAUCAGUUAUCCAGUUAUACUACAGCAGUGAGGUAUCUGAGAUCACGGAGAUACACCAGGGAGUCUGGAGAGAAAUGUGUCAUUAGUGACCACCUGUACUGUGAUUACUUACUCAUACGCCGUCUACAGAUGAACAUACUGACCCACGUCACCAUGGAGGACACGGCUAUCUGUGAUGAAGUGUCACGGAUCUUGAACAUCCCUCUAAAUAAAGUACGCAUGAGUGAGGGGGAACGAAGAGCGUUUUUAGAGGAAUUACAGCAGACUGUGGAGUGUGAACAAAUCAGAGGCGGAUCACAAGACAGUGUACAACACGUCAAGUGGCUCUGGAGACUAAAUCGUACAGCGAGACCUGACAUCGUGAGAUCCUGUAUAGGUCCCCACCCACACUAUGAUAUUUACAUCAUCAACAACACGGCUUACAGAAAACACAGUCAGUACCACGACCGUUCUCCAGCUGAACGUUGUCUCCUGUACUGUCUUCUGAUGGUGGGCGACUACACCGUCAAGGCCAAGGACGAAUCUCACAUCACGAUGUACAAUGCGAUCAGAGAACGAUACUUUACAGAACUACCUGUUUGUGAGGAAAUCACCGACCCCGACAAUCCCGAGGAAAUCAUUCACGUGGAAAACGACGUAAUCAAGUUUAAGCCAUCCGACAUCCGACAUGACGUCAUGUACGCGUUCAUUACAGAGUGUCUGGUGGAGGACAGUGAUCUGAAGUUUUUCUUGACCACGGCGUCACCUCACGUGAUAUCAGAAUACUGCCGGUCGUGGAAUUAUAAGCGGAGUGAGGGAGAGAAAUGUCUAUAUAUACCGGCUAGACCGGAUGAGAUGUACGACCUGUUCAUAGACAGACUACAGCUGGAUAUCCUCACACACUGUACCGUGUCAGACAGGGGGAUUCAGUACAGGAUCAGUAAACGUUGUAAGUAUUUAUCACAGAACACCUUAAAGUUUUAUCAGAUAAAAGUAUUUCUGCAGAAAGGUCAUUACCAUGGAUACAUGGAACUUAAUUUUAUUUUUGUAAAAUUAGUUUGGAAAGUAGGUACGAGAAUAACGUGUAUUUUUAUCAUUAUCUACAAAAAAAAAUAUAAAGAAAUUAAAAAAAAAACUACUGUAAAAACAAACAUGCAUAGCUUUGUUUACUUGGCAUUUCAGUCUAAAACAUUAUAUUGAUAUUUCAUGUGCAGGGACAGGGAAAACUACGAAAAGCCCGAAAUAUCAAAAUAAAUAAAGAAAUGAUAAAUUAAUACAAAGAAAUAAAAGAUGAAGGUGUGGUGUGGUCAGUGUCUAUAGCGAUAUGCUCUUGAUGGACAAGCUGUUUUGUUACUUAGGGUUUUAACGGUAAGGUAUUAAUAUUUACAUUCAAACGUAACAAUGACAUGAAAAAAACCACUUUAAUAUAUGAUGUAGUUCAUGUGAGAAUAUUUCACACAGAAAUAACUAAAGUAACUAGCAUUGCCAGUAUGAUCAACCACGUUCAAGUCAGCAUUAAUUCCUGACUGUUGAAAAACAAAGCUUUACUUUAUAUUAACUGGGCAGUCUUGGGACCACGUUGAAGGAAGUUUAAAAUACAUCUAAUGCAGCAUAUUUUUUUUUAUUUUCGAGAGCAUGCAAGAAAUUGUCAGAUACAUGUGAGAAGGGGUUUCUUUUUUGUGUCAGAAGUUGUCCCACACUCUUGUCUGAUAUAUCAUUGCGAUAGGAAUAUACAU